UUAAACUCUAUGGGGGGAAAUUGAGACAACCAUUGUUGUUUUAGGGCUAAAUUUUAAAUUAACCCUUCUUUUUUUUCCUUCUUUUGAGUGCGUUUUCCCAAAUUCUAAGCCCUAAAUUAAACUAAAUUGCCGGGCACCUUACUCUAGAUUGCCGUAGCAACCACCGGAUUAAUUACUCCUGACAGUCAGAAGCUGCCCAGAAUAUCAUUUUCCCUAUAAUUGUAGUCUGCAAUUGCGAAUGGCAGGCCAAGAGAAUGUUAAGCAGCUUGAGGAUUGCUCGGUCUCCGAAGCAUUGGGAACUUGGGUGUUCUCAGUAGCAGGGGCGUUGCUAGCCAUUCCCGUGGGAAUAAAAAGGAAAUCUUUGGCACCCCUUGUGUUCUUUGGCACAACCGGAACCAUGCUUGAUAUCAUCAUGGGAAUAAGUGCCUGCGAACGGGAACACGCGGAACGCCAAAUGAAGCUAUUGGAAGCCCAAAAUUCUGCAACUGAUGGCUCUUUAACUGAGAGUGGAGCUGAGUCUUAAUUUCAGAAGUAUAUUACUGUGUUAUCUAUGUUUCUGAGGCCCCGGUGCUGUUAGCGUCUCCUUCAAUUUGUUGAAUAAUAAAAUUCCAGAUAC